UAAGGUUGGACAUUGGGGCACUGCUCUUCAGCUAUAUAAACCUGAACGUACACUGUUUCUAUGCAGCGUUCAAGAAGAUGACUUCGAAGAUAGUAUGCAGAGCUUCGGUGCUUGUUUUUCUGCUCAUUGUUGUGUCAGCGCUUUCGGUAUGCACCGAAGGAGGAAGGGAGCUAGCGAAAGAAAAUGUUCACAAGGUGCAUCCCGCCGCUGCAUCUGAAAAGGGAGCAACAGCCUCAGGCGACAUGGUUAAGACAAACGACUACGGACGCUACGAUCCGACUCCGGCGUUUGCCAAGCCUCGUUUCAAGCUUAUACCCAACUGACUGACUGCUACUUUGCUUCUGUGUACUCCGUACUGAGCGAGGUUAAACUUAUUAGCAACAUAUAUUAUAUAGAUAGAUGACAUAUGUGGACUGUGGAGUGAUGGAUCAUAGAAGUAGUCGUGUACUAGUAUAUAGGUAACUUGUGUAAUAUUGGUGGCCUCGGUGCCUCUACUGAAUAUAUGUACUAGAGUUUAGACAGUGGCAGUGUGCUUCGGUUUGGUGACGUGUUCUUGUGUUGGAUCUUUGAUCCCAACUUCCCAAGGCAGAAUUUGGGUGUUUCUGAUUGAGAACAGCAGGUUAUUAUGUAGACCGGGCCCUUUAUUUCGAAUA